AUUUGUUAUAAAAAUUAAAUCUCAUUCCCUCAUCCACCCAAACAAAUAUCACAACAAAAAGAUCAGGUGGAACAAAAAAUGGCAAGUGAGAGGUGCAACAUCUUCGUGGAAAUUCUAUUGGCUAUUAUCCUCCCUCCUCUUGGUGUUUGCCUCAGAGCGGGCUGUUGCACCACUGAGUUCUUGAUAUGUUUGUUGUUGACAUUACUGGGAUACAUCCCUGGGAUCAUCUAUGCUUUGUAUAUCAUCGUGGGGAAGAAUGAAAGCAACACCGACUCGGAGGGCAAUUACAGCGCACUUCCUCAGUAGACAAAUACCCCGGCCUCUUCCCACCAUUUUGUGGUUUUUACUCGUGUUUUUAACUGUAUUUUUUUUUUCUUCAAAGAAAAUUCUCAACAAAUCUUGAAUUGUGUUCAAAUAUGUUAUCUCAGUGUAUUAAAACUCUUGAGGUUUUGAGAGAUGGUAAAAAUAUGUUGUCCUUUUUGUCCCAUUUUAGGGUUUGAGUUAAAUGAUACUGAAUAUUGUUCAA